UACAUCACCUUAUCAUAUUUAUCGUAGUGAUUCAAUAUCUUCUAAUAUGUCAACUGCAAGUACUCUUGAAACACCUUCUCAAAUGUUUCCUUUAACAUCACUUGAAAGUAUUGUUAAUAAAGAUUUUUAUGCCACUCCAUCUAAAAUGCAACAUAUACCUGCUUUUUCAUUGUCAAAUAAUCUUUAUGAGCAAUCCUUUUCUAAGAAAAAUCAAUCAUGUCUUGAAAGCGCUAAGAUGGUAGACUACGAUGCGAAUUCUUCUGACUAUAUUCAUAAUUCACGUGUAUCUACACCACAUUUAUCUUAUCCUUCAUCAUUCUUUCAACCUCUAACAGAUUCUUUUUGUGACAAGAAAUCAUCAGCACAGGUUAUCGCUGCUGGUACAGUACUUAAUCAUUAUCAAUAUCAAUAUACUCCUGAGAGGUCGUUAAUACCAUACAAGGAUAAUCAUUCUCUUCCUUUGAUAGUUUCUUCUCUCGAUAAAACACAUAUCUGUGAUGUUUGCAAUAAGCGUUUUAAACGUUAUGAGCAUCUUAAGCGUCAUGGACGUUCACAUACCAGUGAAAAACCAUUUCAAUGUAGUAUAAGGAAAUGUGGACGAUGGUUUUCUCGGAGUGAUAAUUUACGUGCUCAUUUACGCACUCAUUUUAGACGUGGUGGUCGCAAUUUAUUCGUAGGAGAUCCCGAUACCAAUGAUGAAACUAAUUAUAUGGCUAUAAAUUCUAUAAGUCCAAAUAUUUUUAGGAAUUAGAUUGAUUAUAUUAGAAUUCUUCCGGUACAUCUAUACAUGCUCUUUUCUUG